UAGUGAGUGAUUCUCUGUGCGGCGCGUGGAAACGGUGAAAGGGCUCUCUAAAUGGCUAAUCUUCCUCCUUCGCUCUCCAUGAAAUCUGUCGCUCUCUCAGGAGCUUCUUCUUCCUCCAGCAACGAUCGGAAGCUAUUAUCGGCCGAGCAGUUGAUUCUCGAUCUCAGCAAUCCCGAACUCAGGGAAAAUGCUCUUCACGAGUUGUCCAAGAAGAGAGAGAUCUUUCAAGAUUUGGCGCCGCUUUUAUGGCAUUCUGUUGGUACCAUUCCUGCUCUUCUACAGGAGAUUAUCUCAGUUUACCCUGUCCUAUCUCCUCCAACCAUGACUCCUGCUCAAUCAAACAGGGUCUGCAAUGCACUUGCGCUUCUUCAGUGUGUUGCUUCUCAUACUGAUACGAGGAUGUUGUUCUUGAAAGCCCAUCUGCCAUUGUACCUGUAUGCUUUCUUGAAUACAUCAAGCAAGUCAAGACCGUUUGAGUACCUGCGACUGACUAGCUUGGGGGUUAUUGGUGCACUUGUUAAGGUUGAUGAUAGUGAAGUGAUAAGAUUCCUUCUUCAAACUGAAAUUGUCCCAUUGUGCCUCCGGACAAUGGAAAAUGGCAGCGAGUUAUCAAAGACUGUUGCUACUUUCAUUGUUCAGAAAGUUUUGCUGGACGAUGUUGGGCUUGAGUACAUGUGCACCACAGCGGAAAGAUUCUUUGCUCUGGGUCGGGUUUUGGGAAAUAUGGUUACUUCACUUGCAGAAGGGCCAUCUCCUAGGCUACUAAAGCACAUCAUACGCUGCUAUCUCCGUUUGACAGAUAACCCCAGAGCAUGCGAUGCACUUGGAAGUUGCCUUCCAGAUCUUCUGAGGGAUGCUACCUUCAGCGGUUGUCUCUAUGAUGAUCCACCUGCAAUGCAAUGGCUGCAGCAACUGCUCCACAACAUUAAGGUUGGCGGGAGAGCACCUCAAGGGUUGGCUCAUAUGUUUGUGAAUUAAAUCGAACCCUAUAGUCUGGGCAGAAACUGUUAUUCAUUGGACAAAAAGUUAGGUGGAAUCAGAAUUACAGAUGAGAAAUAGAAACUCAACCAAAGAUUUUGAGUUUGAUGGAUAUAUGUAUUUGGAUUUCCUGACCGUCUUGUGAUGUUGCAGUUAAUAACUUAAUCUCCAUUGA